AUGGAGAGAGCCAACAGCACGUUGGUCACUCAAUUUGUCUUCGUGAGAUUUUCCAACUCCCCACGUCUCCAGCUGCUCUUUUUCCACCUCUUCCUCCUGGUCUACCUCUUAUCUCUGGUGGGCAAUGCACUCAUUGUGCUCAUUGUGGCCCUGGAUGGGCACCUCCAUACUCCCAUGUACUUCUUUAUCUGCAAUCUCUCCUCGGUAGAGCUCUGGUACACCACAGUCACCGUGCCCAAAAUGCUGGCCAAUUUUCUCAGUUCCCCAGGGGUCAUCUCAGUUCCCAACUGCAUCACCCAGUACUACUACUUCUUCUCUUUGGCUGCCACGGAGCUCUUCAUUCUCACCACCAUGGCCUUUGACCGCUAUGCUGCCAUCUGCCGACCACUCCACUACCCACUACUGCUCAGCCCUCAAACUUGUGGUAUCCUGGCUGGGGUCUGCUGGUUUAUGGGAUUCCUCUGCCCCAUGUUCCCCUCAUUCCUCCUUGCAAAAACCUCCUUCUGUACCCCCAACCAGAUCAACCACUUCUUCUGUGAUGCCGAUCAGAUUUUCCGCCUUUCCUGCACAGACACAUAUGCUAUCAGGCUGUGGGCUAUGCUUUUAGCACUGUCAUUAUCCUAG